CUAAGAAAAUCAAGGACAUUUGAGUAGGAUAAGACAAGGGCGAAGAAUAUACAGAGCCCUUAAUGCUGACUUCAUUAAAUAUUUAGUACAUUGUAUUCUUUUAUAGCAAAAGCCGCUUGGGUGUGUUUAAAUCCUGUUAUUUCCACCUGAGACGUUGCUAGUUAGUUCCUAGUUAUCGUUUAGCGGUUACAUGACGCCACCGUCCUCUCCACAUCGUCUUGUCCCAGACUAAAACAAGGAUGUAGCUGAAGUUGAAAGUUGUUCGGGAGUGGACACUGCAGGUCACAGUCGUACUCAGAAAUACAUACGGUUCUGUCGAGGACAGACACACUGACUCAGAGAUGCUUCUGUUUCUUUCCAUGAUGAUCUUUUUUAUACCACUAGAGGGCGACACCUCACCAAUCACCUGCUACAAUGACCAAGGAGAUGCUGUUGACUGGUUCUAUCUGUACAAGCUGCCUAAAGAACAUAGCAGCAGAUCUCCCAGAGCAGAAGGUGAGAUGUAUUUACUGUUGGAAAAGGGGAGCGAAGGAUGGACUGAUGGGAAGGUGACAGUGAACGACACCACUGGAGCCCUGGGAAGGACAGUUGGACAACUGUACUCACAAGAAAAGAACACUGAGGUAGCAUACAUCCUUUACAAUGACCAGAGGCCACCUGAGGACUUUGGCGACAGAUGGAUUGACAACAGUGGACAUGGUGGGGGGCACACAAAAGGUGUCAUACUGCUGGAUAAAGUUCAGGGCUUCUGGUUGGUCCACAGCACUCCUCAUUUCCCCCCUGUACGACAAGAAGGAGAGUAUUAUUACCCCACUAGCGGCGUGACCAACGGACAAAACUUCAUCUGUGUUACCUACCCUCUGGACCGCUUCCAGACCAUCGGAGAGCAGCUGCAGAUCAAUCAGCCUAAUGUGUACGACUGUGAUGUCCCCGACUCCUUGGUGUCCCUGGUGCCCGCACUGGCUGAUGUCUGUAAGAAGAAACAUCUGUCUGGUCACAUCUUUCCCCGUAUCAAAACUGUAUCCAAUCGCAGUGUGACUCUGACCUCAAAGGAGGGAACCAACUUCAUCAGCUUUGCCAAAGGAGCCUCUUUUGACAAUGACCUAUACCACUCCUGGGUGGCUCCCACCCUCCAGUCAGACCUCCUGGUCCAAUUCUGGAUUCGCUCCACAGGUAUCCUCCACUCCAACUGCUCCGAGGGCUGGAAGGUCCUGGACAUCACACUCAUUCACCCAGGUGAGGCGUUCACCUUCAAGGCCAGCCAGGACCACUCCAAGUGGGCGGUGAGCCCCCAGUCACUUGGGCAGGGGAAUGGAGGAGGAUGGGUGUGCGUGGGGGACAUAAACCGAAACGAGGCAGAGGAGAAGCGCGGGGGAGGCACAGUAUGUCUGCAGGACCCGGUGGUGUGGAAGGCUUACCGGACUGCGGCACUGGAGUGUGAGUCUUGUGAAGAAGAAAAAAUCAUCCAGUGCUGAUGUUCAGUUUGAGCCACAAGGGGUCAGCUGGGCUUGAGGCAAGGCCAUCUCAUGGAUUUGUAAGUGAGUUAUUUCAAGAUGUGGUAGAAUAACCCAGUGUUUACCAUUUUAAUUCAUAUGAUAUGCUCUUCACUGAUGACACAAUCAUUUCCUUAAACAUAUAGAGGGAUGAAAUCAUUCCAUCACGUCUGGACUACCCUUUGUCCUACUAGCCUCUGUAAGGCAAUGGUAUUUCAUUUAGCAUCUUUUAUUAGUUCUUUUCUGUGGUGUUCAUUUUAGAAAACAAAAAAACCUCAAAGUGCAACUUUAAAUUGAAAGCAUAGGUCCAAGUCACUUGAGGACUCUGUCUGUUACAAACUGAGCGCUGUGUCACUAAUUCUGACUCUG